AGAUUUAUUUGUUUGGAAAUCCUUGAGAUGAUGACUUUUAUGAGAUGAUAGCAAAAUUAUAAAAUGGAGAUUAGAUAGAGUCUGAUGAUGAUUCAGAGAAUGAUUAGGAUAGCGAUGGAGAAUAGAAGGAAUCUAGAUAAUAGCAAUAGUGAUUAAUUAAUAUUAAUAAAAACGGUAUUUGUAGUGAUAAUAAAAUAAAUAAUGAAGAGUAUAACAGGAGUGCUAGUGAUUUUACUAUUGAGUUAAAGUGUUUUAUGCAGUCCAAAGAAGAUCAAUACAGAUUUUUUGAAUUUGCUUAGUUCUAAGACAAAUGUAAUGAGUUCUUAGGAUGCCAUAUAAUCUGUAUUGACACUCUUGGAAGAUUUACAAGGGGCUAAUGUUGAAGCUUAAGAUAAAGCUGAUCUUACAUUCUAGAGAUUUGAGAAUGCUAUCUUAUAAGAUAUAAAUGAAUUCUCAGGAAUUGUCAAUGUUAAUUCUAAGAGUGCUGCAGUUGCCUCAUAAGAUCUUGAAGCUGUUGAGUAAUACUUUAUUUAACUUAAUUAAGUUUAAAGAUUCAACAAACUACAGAUUACUUGAAUUGGAAUAAUAAGAGAUAUAAAGCAAAUGAACUUAAAUUAGAAAAUUUAGCUGAGUAUUCAUAUAUUAUUAUUAUAUUAUAGAUAACGUUGUGAAGCUAAUGCUUUAUUUAUUGACACCCUUAGAGAGUAUAAAAAUGCACUAUCAGUACUUGAUUGGGUUAGAAGUGAUGCUUAAAAUAAAUAAACAAAUCUAGUCGAAAAAAGUCAUUUUGGUGAUUAUGCUGAGAAAUUAAGCAAAUAUGCCAAUCUUUUUGAAGAAUAAGCAGUUUAAGAUUUUGUUAAAUUAGGAGAUGAUUAAACUUCAUUCUCAUAAACCAGUAUAUAUAAUCAAUUAUUUCUUAGGAUAGAGAGCUAAUUCUGAAUAAUUAAUCUAAUUAAUGACUAAAGAUGUUGUUGGAGUUAUAUAAUAAUUGAUUGAGAAAUUAAGAGAAACCAUUAAAGGAUUAGAAGAAUAAGAAAUAUAAUCUGCCAAUGAUUUUGCUGAUUUCAAAACUAAUCUAUUAGCUGAAUAAGAAUCAUUGAAAUAAGAAUAUGAUGCUAAGGCUAAAUUCUUAAAUUCCUUACAAAAUGAUAAAGAAUUAGCUUCUGAUAUUUUAACUAAAAAGAAGGAGUUAUAAGAUUAAAGUAUGAGAAUUCUAAGUUUAACUUAAGGUAAUUUAUAAAUUUAUCUUUCUUUUUAGAAGAGUAUAAUUAUAAAAAGAAAUUGUACAAUGCUGAAAAAUCAAAAAGACACGAAGAAAAUCAAUUAUUAGAAGAAUCUUUAUUGAUUUAUAGAGAGAAAAUUUCUACAGUUAAUGAAUAUCUUAAAAAACGAGUUAAUGAAUAUGUUGGAGAUUCUUUGAUUGAAGAACAUGCAGUCACCAAAUAGUAAUCUGUUUCAGCAAGAAAAGGAUAAUGAUACAAUAUCAAUAGAUAC